GGAGGAAAACACAGAACAUUCUUUGAAAAAUUUCUUUAAAAGGAACUAUGCAAAUGAAACAAUGGGAACAAAUGGCUCAGUUAGCGGUAAAGUAGAGGAAGGCAUAAAGGGAGAAAAAGGAAAUGUUGGUGAAAAUGGACUACCAGGUAUAAGGGGACCGACAGGCAAAAAAGGUGAACAUGGCGAGAAAGGAACGAAAGGCAACAAAGGACCGACUGGUGAUCUUGGUUCAAUUGGCGACAAAGGUCAAAUCGGAGAAAAGGGUCCAGUCGGCAACAAAGGACAAAUGGGAGAAAAGGGAGAAAAGGGACUACUUGGUGCAAAAGGACAAUUAGGUGCCAACGGACCAAACGGUGAGAAAGGCUACAUCGGCGAAAAAGGUCAAAGAGGAGACAACGGUUCUAUCGGUGACAAAGGUGAAAAUGGGGACAGAGGUCAGACAGGUAACGAAGGUCCAGAUGGUGAAAAAGGUUCCAUCGGUGAGAAAGGUCAAAGAGGUGAUAAUGGAAUCACGGGAAGUAAAGGUGGCAAUGGAAAAUUUGGGGACAAGGGAGCAGUUGGUGACACGGCUAUCAAUUCUGGAAGUGGAUAUGACAAAUCAACUGGAAAAUUUACAGCUCCCCAGGCAGCUAUCAAUUCUGGAAGUGGAUAUGACAAAUCAACUGGAAAAUUUACAGUUCCCCAGGCAGGUACAUUUUUGUUUAUGUUACAAAUAUGUCCAGAAGAUACACAUAAUGUGCUGAUGACGUUGAGAGCUAAUAACAACAAAUUUGGGGUUCUUAAUCAGAAAAACAAUCAUGAUGACGGUCCAUGUACCUCCACUAGUGCUGUAACUCUGUUGUCGGAGGGAGAGGAAGUCUGGGUAUAUUGUGAAUCAGCAAGUGACGGUGAUUCAGUAUGGAAUGCAGGGGAAAAUGGCAAUAGCUUUUCGGAUGUCUUGUUACAUACAGGAACUAUAUAA